AUGCUUGAUGAAUUAGUAAAGACGCAUUUGGAUCGUAUACAAAAGCAAUUAGAUAAUUAUCGAAGAUAUCCACAACAGACUGAUGACAAAAUGCUUGAAAAUCAUUUAGAGCUGAACUAUGCAAGAUAUCAUAGAGCUUAUGAAAAGCUUAAGGCAUUGAAACAACCUUUGGAUUCAGAUAAACAAUCUACUCAAAUGACUUUUGAAAAUCCAAAAAGUGAUAUGGAUAACUUUAUGAAAUUUAUGAUGCUUCAACAGCUACAGCAGCAAAAUGUAUUAUGGCAGUCUGCAUUACUGAAAACAUUUUCCAAAGAAGAUCGUGUACAAUACAUGAUGCAGUAUCCUCCAAUGGAUUUUAUGAGAUAUCAGAAUGCUGAUACUGAGAAGAAACAAUUAGCAAUUGAAAGUAAAAAGGAAGAUAAACGUUCAGAAAUUUCAAGAAAUUCUUACGUAUUUCAAGAUCAUGAAAAUGCUAGAAGAUUACGUAUUUUCGGUUAUAUUGAACUAUUUGCAAUCAUUAUGAAGAAGUCCAUCAAUCAGCCUCCUUUCAGCUUAUCAAAAGCAGAAAAUUUCGGUGUAUUACUGCGUCAUUCAAUACAGAAUGCAUCCGAUUACUUAAUAAAUGUGAAUAAUUCACUUGGAAGUAAACUGGAAUUAAUGAAUUCAGAGAAAGGCUAUCAGUUUCACUUACUGCUCGAUGCAAAGUUGGACAGGAAUAAGAAGAAGACGUUGAAAACAGAACUACUACAAUUUCUUGAUUGUAUAUUAAUUGAAAUAACUAAAAACAUGUCAACAAAGCCGUUAUUUGCCAUUACAAGGAAUUCAACGGCAUAUAUGAUGCUUUUAAAAGGUCAAGUUUAUCCUAAAAACUACUUCAUUACACUAGAAUUG